GAGAAGGCAGCAACAUGGUGCGAUUUGUAACGUAAGCGAGCGACAUCGAUUCGUCACCGCACAAAUUUAUUCUUGCAGCGUCUCCUGUGAAAACAAAAACAUUCUUAAAGAAAUGGAACCAACUUCUUCCAUGAAAUCUUUGUUACUGGCUAUUACCCAGUACAAAAAUGCGAGAACUGAAAGUAAUGUUUUGCAACUAGAAAGACAAUUAGGUGUAAUCUGUGGGACAAAAGCAGUAAUGAUAUUUGCAACAAAUCAAAGUUUGCCAAGUGAAUGUCUGAAUAGCCUUGUGGAACUUGUUGGUGAUCCAAAUGUAAAAGUGACACUGACUCUAAAGAUUAUUGGAUUGCUAACGCAAUUGGCAUCAGACAGUGAAAGCAGAGAGGUUUUGCACACAUACAAUCUUAUCAGUGCACUUGCAACAGUAGUUCAGCAUUACAGUACGACUCCAAAUGAGCAGAUUGUAUUGCAGAGCCUGCAGCUUCUACAGAAAAUGACGUACAAUACCAGAGUUUUUCAUUGUAGCGCAAAUGUUGAUGUACUGAUUGCUUUCCUGAUGAAACAAGUCCAAGCCCCAGAAGAUCAGCUAACUAUGCCAUGUCUCGGACUGAUGGCAAACCUGUGUCGUCACAAUCUUUCUGUUCAAGCCCAUGUAAAAUCUUUGAACCACUUAAAAGGAUUUUAUAGGUCUCUUAUUAAAUUCUUAGCUCAUAGUAGUUUGACAGUGGUGGUUUUUGCACUUUCUAUACUGGCAAGCCUAACCCUCAACGAAGAAGUUGGAGAAAAGUUGUUUCAUGCCAAGAACAUCCACCAGACCUUUCAGCUUAUAUUUAAUAUUCUAGUAAAUGGAGAUGGAACAUUAACCAGAAAAUAUACUGUAGAUCUUUUGAUGGAUCUCCUCAAGAAUCCUAAGAUUGCAGAUUUCCUCCAAAGGUAUGAGCAUUUUAAAUCAUGCCUGUGUCAAGUACUAGGUCUUUUGCGUGAGAAGGAUUCUGAUUCAGCAGCCAAGAUUCUUGAAUUGCUACUUGCCUUCUGUUCAGUGAGCAGCCUUAAGCGAAUAUUGUGUCAUGCAAUAUUUGAAACUUCUGAGCAAAGAGUUACGGUAGCAAGCCUCACAUCACAUAUUAAACCAUCUGAACCAAUUGUUACUCUUAUCCAUUGGUCAAGUCAACCACUGCAGAACCCUGAGAGAUGUUCAUUGCUGGCUCUAGUUUUAUUGAAGGAGCUGUUUGAGGAAAUGAUGGAUUGCACGCUUUGGACUACAGUUGCACCAUUUGUGGAGCUGCUUUUCCCCGUCAUUGAGGAGCAAUUACAGACACCGAAUCAUGCUCAGGAGGACACAUUAACAAAAAAAUAUUAUGAUAGAAUUGCAAAAAUUCUUGAUGUUCUAUCAGUGCUGUGCGGAGAUGAUACAGUGAAGUUGCAGGUUGCUAAGGUUCUCACAGCCAGAAACUGUGUCUCCAUUCUGGAAUAUCAGUUCAUGUACAAUAGGAUGGAAAUUGGUUACAGGAGCAAUGUUGCAGAUGUAGAACUAUGUAAAAUAGGUGCAGAUGUUGUCCUGAAGACUCUUAGCCUUAUGAACAGACUGAAGCAGUUGGUACCAAACAUGGAAGCCAGCUUUUAUAAGAUUUUGCAGGAUCAACGACUUGCUCCAGCUUUGUCAUUUGCUUUGACAUCUGAAAACAGAGAGCAAGUACAACUUGCAUUAAAGAUCCUGUUUGAGGCAGCAUCUUUGCCUGAUUUUCCUGCUAUAAUGCUUGGAGAAAGCAUUGCUGCCAAUAAUGCUUAUAAACAGCAGAACACUGACCAUGUAAUGAAAAAAGUUCCAGUCCAUCAGCAUUCAGCAAGCUUUGUCCGAUCAAAAUGUUCAAGUACAACCGAUGUUGCCAGGUCUAAUAUCCAUGAGUUAAUUGAUAAAUUGCAAUUAGGAGUGGAGGUGAAGGAACAAGUUAAGGAUGUGAGAUUGUCAGAUGUGAUGGAUGUGUAUGAACAGAAACUUUCAUCUCUCGCUUCCAAAGAAAAUCGUUUACAGGACUUAUUGGAAGCCAAGGCAUUGGCCCUAGCACAGGCGGAUCGUUUGAUUGCCCAGUACCGCUGUCAGAGAGCCCAUGCAGAAGCCGAGGCACGACAGUUAGCUUCACUUCUAAUGGAUGCAGAGAGAAAAAAUGAAGAACUUGAUGGAGUACUGAAGACCCAACUGUUGGAAUCUGACCGUGCCAAGGCUGAUAUUGAAGAACUUUAUCAGCAUAAUUGUAAAUUGCAGGCUAUUUCUGAAGAGCAUGAGUCUUUAAAGGUUACCUCUAAAGGUCUUGCUCAAAAUCUUGAGACAGUCGAAAGGCAACUUGAAGAACUACAGACUGAACACAAUUCCUUAAGUAAACAAAGUGAAUUGCUCAAAAAGCACAUUGAUACCCUUAAACAACAAAAUGAUAGAUGCCUUGCUCAAUUGGCAGAGAUGGAAGCGCAGAAAAACGAUUUGUGCAUUCAGUUAAAGGAAAAGGAUGCUAAAUUAUUGGGUUUGGAACAAAAGCUCAAGGUACAGCAAGAAAAAACAAAGAUAUCGGAGAAGGAAAAAGAGAAUCUAGAAGAAGCUAUUGGCGUUCUCCAAAAGGAGCUUAGCAAGACAGAGGUAGCCAGGAAAGAACUCAGUAUUAAGUUGUCAACUCUGGAAGUGCAGAAAUCCCAGGUAGAAACACAAUUGCAACAAAAAGAAGCCCUUGUCCAAGCCCAGCAGGAUGAACUCAACAAGCACUCUCAAAUGAUAGCAAUGAUUCAUAGUCUGAGCAGUAGCAAACUACAAUCAAAUACAGUAAAUCUCAGUCUCUAGCAAUGUUUCUUCUCAUUUUUAAUGCUGAGAGAAAUGGCUAAUGUUUGCUUGCAGUCCUUGUAUCUGAUGCAUUUAAUAUUCACCCUAUAGGAUUAAAAUUGUAAUUUACUUUUAAGAAAGAAUUUGUAACCAUUUAUAUUUAAAAAGAGUUUGCUUCAGAUUUGAGCGUUUCAAGUUGCUACUUGUUUUGAAUUGUACUGUUUUAAGCACAAUUGGUAACAAGGACUUGGCAAACCAGGAAAUUGCAGUCUUUAAAUAUGAUGUGAAGAUUCUAAACUGUAUUUUUGACUGCAUUAUUAUGUCAGCCUCUGGUCAUAAUCUGACUGACUGUGUAAAUAGUUCAAGACAAAAUUUGUGCUAUUUGGCUAGUACUGUUUCUUUUGGUUAGAUAUGACUUCAGAAUCAGAAAUUAUCUGUUUCAUAUUUGGGCAAGUUUAUGCUAGAAUUCUCUAGUUAUAUUAAUACCAGGCUUGAAUUAGUUUUUCAGUGUACUGUCCUGGAUUCUGAUGCCAAAUGCUAUAUUAUUGCAGAAGCAAUCCAUUUUAUCUUAAUUGCUAAGAAUAUCUUAAUUGUACUAUUUAGCAGUCUGUGCACGAUGCAAAUGUAUGGAAAUUUUAUAUGUUUUUCAAUGUUUUUAUAAAUUUCCUUGAUUAAAUUGGGAAAGCACUGCUUUGAAUUUAAGAAAGAUUACCUUACUUAUUUUGUAUUAAAAUAAUCAACAUUAUUUUACUAAAAGUACAUAAAAUAAUUGGACUUGCACAUUUCUAUCACCUGUUUGAUUCCUGCUCGCUUUUGUAAUGAAUUUUGAUACUGUCAUGAACCUGUCAUUUUUAGAUGUACUGUCUCCUUUUCAGUGGUUGUGUACAGCCAUAUAGUUGUUAAUCUUUAGUUUUCUUCCUUUCCCCACAGAGAAAGUAACAUUUUUUUAAAAAUAAAAAUGUACUUGAAAUU